GUUAUAAUUUUGGUUACAGCAUAUUGUUUAUUAUUAUAAUUUUGGUUACAGCAUAUUAUUUUUUAAUAAGAGCCAUACGAUAAUUUUGCAAUGAUAAAUUUAUAUUACUGUACUGAUGGCACUGACCCAAGGGGUAGUUUUAAACAUUUUUAUUCAUAUGCAUGCUUGAACUUAGAUGUGGAUAUAUAUUCAAACACAUAUAGAAACAUGCUUUCGUUCUGUAUUUUUUAUAUUUAAGCUAUUUACAGUUCCUUUUUAUGAUAUUUAAAGAACAUACUGCAAAGAUAUUGUCAGAUAAGGAGAACACAUGUCCAUAUUGCCAGUUUGCCUUUUCUCAUGUUUAUCAAUUAGGUAAGCACUUUUUUUUAAAGCAUAUAAUUAAGCUUCAGGUUUGCACAGAUGUUUAUUUUCAGGAAUUCUUAACUAAUACAAGGUAUUAUCAGAGAAGUUCUUAGUUCUAAACAUAUGUACUGCAAUUAACAUAUAAUGGGAUAUUUGUGUGAUGAAUGUGCCUACAUCCUUUUCCUUUAAAAGAGGAUUCUGUUCAGCAUGCAUUAAGUCUGGUAAUUAUUGUUAACUUCCUGUUACAUAUGUAAGUUUCACAAGGAAAGAGAAUUUAGUGAAUUGUUAAAUCUUUCCUCCCUUUAAUCACUAUGCACUUGCCCACUGUCUUAUCUAGGUAUCCAGUUUACCCUUAGUAAUGGGCCUAAAAGCUUUCUUAAAACUGAACAAAGCUAGUGGAGCACAAAAAUACACAGAAUCAAUACAUUUGUAGGACAAUAUCUUAUUGACAAGUGACUGGAGUUUUUAGUAAACAUGUAGCCAGUGGGAUCAAUUUUUUAAAAGAGGAAGAUAGUCUAAGAUGCAUAUUCAACAUGUACUCUUCUAAGCAGUGCUAGUUCCACUUUUGUUUAAGUUACUGGUAAAAGUGUUUCCAGAAGGCAGAUGUCAUUCGAAUGAGCGCUUAAAAAGAUGUUGAAUGAUGAUUAAGUGACCAAAUGAAUGAAAAAUAUGUGCUGAGUCUUGAAGGGUAUAUAAGAGUUCGCUAGGUAGUUCAGGAAGGGCAGAGUAUUUCUAAGAAGUGUAAAAUAUUUUCCAGUGUUGAGAGAACUGUGUGUAAAGUCUGAUUGCAGUAAAUGUUACACAUACAGCAGUGAUGUGAAAUAAAGAAAAAGAUUUACAAAUGAGAAGUUAUAUUAAAUGAUCCCUAAUGUCGAUUCCAAUUUAUUAUUAUAGUAAAUUGAUAUUGAGCACUUACUAUGCCCAAAGAUUAAUACAAAUAGGUAUUAUUAUCUUCUUUUUACAGGAAAGGAAACUCAGGCUUGGAGGGAUUCAAUAACUUGUCUAAGACCCUCUGCAACUUUCUAUAAGCUAUAGCAACAAAAACCAUGUGCAGUGUUGUAACCACAGAGGAAAGCCUGGGCUCAAAGGAGAAAACACAUCGUGAAAACUGGAUGAAGUUGACCAGUGAAAAGUUGCCCAAGAACUCCUUUUACGCCUCUCUAUCCCAGUAUGCUGCCAAGAACCAAAAAUUCUUCCAACAGAUAAAGGAAAAUACUGAUCAUUACAACCAUGCUAAUUUAGUGGAUAAGGCACUGCAGAUCUUGAAAGAAAGAAUAAGAAGAGGGGAUGCUGUGGCAUAUUUCCUACGAGGUCAACUAUAUUUUGAAGAGGGAUGGUAUGAAGAAGCAUUAGAACAGUUUGAGGAAAUCAAGGAAAAAGAUCAUCAGGCAACUUACCAGCUAGGAGUAAUGUAUUAUGAUGGUCUGGGAACAACUGCAGAUGCUGAAAAAGGAGUGGAAUAUAUGAAGAAAAUUGUUGAUUCUCCAUGUCCCAAAGCAAGACACUUACGAUUUGCAGCUGCUUACAACCUCGGAAGAGCUCAUUACGAAGGAAAAGGCAUUAAACGAUCAGAAGAUGAAGCCGAAAGACUGUGGCUUUUUGCUGCAGACAAUGGAAAUCCAAAAGCUAGUGUGAAGGCUCAAAGUAUCCUAGGAUUGUAUUAUUCAACAAAAGAGCCCAAAGAGUUAGAAAAGGCAUUUUAUUGGCAUUCAGAAGCAUGUGGCAAUGGGAAUCUGGAGUCCCAGGGUGCACUGGGGCUCAUGUACUUUUAUGGACAAGGCAUCCGCAAAGACCCUGAGGCGGCCCUGCAAUGCCUACGGGAAGCGGCGGAACGUGGAAACGUCUAUGCUCAAGGGCAUCUCGUGGAGUAUUACUAUAAGAUGAAAUUUUUCACAAAGUGUGUUGCAUUUUCCAAAAGGAUCGCAGACUAUGAUGAGGUUCACGACAUCCCCAUGAUAGCCCAAGCCACGGACUGCCUCCCGGAGUUCAUCAGCAGGGGCAUGGCCAUGGCCUCUUUCUACCACGCACGAUGCCUUCAGCUGGGCUUGGGGAUCACAAAGGAUGAGGCAAAAGCUACACACUAUUAUUCUAAAGCUUGUCGUCUGAAUCCCGAACUGACGGAUGAACUUCAUGCUUUACUUAUUCGUCAAAGGAUUUAGACCUUAGUGUAUUUCAACAAAGAUCAUCAGUCCUAAUACCUUAAAAUGUGUGUAUUUUUAUAGUAGAUAUGUUUGGUUAUUUUCUGCAUCCCAAGUUAGUUACAUUAUCCUGGUUAUUUUACUGAUGACAUGUUACCUUCGUUCUCAAAUUUGUGUUCUGUAACUUACAACUUGAAACCUAGCUAAAGGGUCAAAUUGCUGGAAAUUUCCUCAAAGAUCCAGCUCUUAGCCUAUAGACUGGCCUAAACCACAUCAAAUAUUGAAAACCAUUCCAGAAAGCAAAUAUCUUUUUUUCCUUUCUUUAAAUUCAAAGUAUCACAAAAGACUUAGUGCAGUCUUAGUUUUAAUAACUUCAGAAGUAUAUAUGCUACAAACUAAAUUGGUACAGCCACUCUGGAAUACAGUAUGGAGGUUCCUCAAAAAGUUAAGAAUUGAUCUACCAUAUGAUCCAACAAUCCCUCUACUGGGUAUUUACCCCAAAGACUUGAAAAGUCUUAUCAGAAAAGGUAUCUGUACACCGAUGUUCAUAGCAGCAUUAUUCACAGUGGCCAGGGCAUGGAAGCAACCGAAGUGUCCUACAAUAGAUGACUGGAUAAAGAAGC